GGAAUUUUUAUAAAAAAAAGACCCUGUUUUUUAAGGUCUAGUUAGCUAUAUUUCGAUCACCUUUACUAUUUUGAUCAGCUUUACUCUCGUGAAACCUGGUUAGAAUAAAGAAAUGGGAGCAGACUAUACUUAUCCUCAACAGGAAUAUAGUAUUAAUUUCGUUUUUGACUACAACAACCUCAUGUCUAAUGCAAUUGAGGCUGAUGGCUAUUCUAGUUCUCGAAAUCGCUCAGACAUACGAAUGCCCAUCAAAGAAGCUCCUUCGUUUGUGUACGAUACGACCAGCGAAAUUGUUGUCGCCAGAGGUGACUCAGCCAAUAAAUUGAUGUGGGAAUCUAAAGGACUCCAAAAUAAUCUAAUUUAUGUACGCAAUGUUUUUAUCGAACUCCACGAUGUUUAUUUCAGAUCACAACAAGACACUUGUCAAGAUCAUGCGUACGAAGCUCUUAUCCUCCAAGAGGCGAUAUAUGUAUUACAUACGCGAGCGGCGUAUUGGGCAAGAACCCUCUAUAGCUCUACCGAAAACUGUUGUUAUGCAUUUACCGUUCCAACAAGUUGGAAUUACCUAGCAAGGGAGGAGAUAAUUCGGUAUCUAUUCAUAAAAUCGGAUCUUAUCUCUGAAAAUGAUUGCCCUAGCAAAUUAAAUGUCUUCACCGAGUUAGAGACUAUUUUUCGGUACAGGCAAAUAUGUGAUUAUGGCACGCAGAAGGUAGACACAAGACUUGGUGAGGAGUAUGUUAUAUGUUCCAUUGAUUUCAAAACAGAGGUCCAUGUAGAUUUAAAAUUGGCAAUAUCACAAUACCCUGGUUGGAAGACAACGGACAAUAAAUUUGUUCCACAAGUAUUGAACUCUACCAGCUUAACUAUUUCUUUUGGAUCACGAGAAAUAGAAUCGUCAUUAGUAGCUUGUCUGGAAAGGCGUUGUAAAAGUAUAAUGAUAUUCGAAGUCAUUAGUCCAUUGAUUGGGAUGGUUACACUACUCCUAGAAAGCUUGGUUGGAGGAAUAGAUGGGGUAAUUGAAAUUGGCAAUCGAAAAGUUUAAGCAUUUACCUAUUGUACUUUUGUUUUAGCCCUAUUACCAGAUACCACCAGAUGAUUUUCUAUUAUAUCAACCGUUUCUUCAAUUACCUUUUUUGUAUGAUGAGC